AUGGAAUUAUUGUCACAAAUUUGGUCUUUUCUAGGCCUCCUCACAGUCCUGCAAAACAUCUUGCCCGUACAGCUUCUCUCAUUUCUGCAUUCUAUCUACGAAUCCCUUCAAGAUUUCUUUAACCCAUAUUCUUACUUCGAAAUCCCAGAAUUCAAUGGCUAUAGUGGGAUUGAUGUAAAUGAUCUUUACCUCCAUGUGAAUCUCUACCUCAACUCCAUCAACACCUCCACAACCUGCCGCCGCCUCACUCUCUCCCGCUCCAAAUCUUCCAACAGAAUUUCAUAUACAGUUGCACCCAACCACACUGUCCAUGACUCCUUCAAAGGCUACCACCUCUCAUGGACUCACCAUGUCGAGACUGCCCAAGAUUCGCUCGAUGAAAAACGUAGCUUCACUCUCAAACUUCCCAAGCGCCACCGCAUGACUCUUCUUGAUCCUUAUUUGGAACACGUCACAACACGUGGAGAAGAAUUUGAGAGAGUCUCACGCGAGCGCAGGCUCUUUACCAACAAUGGACACGGUUCUUUCGAGUCGGGGUGGUCCUCCGUGCCCUUCCGCCACCCUUCCACGUUCGACACACUUGCACUUGAGCCAGAGUUGAAGAAACAGCUAACGGAUGAUCUAAUGGCAUUUUCUGAAGGCAAAGAAUUUUAUAAUAAAAUUGGACGGGCAUGGAAACGUGGAUAUUUGUUGCAUGGACCUCCAGGGUCAGGAAAAUCUAGCCUCAUUGCUGCCAUGGCUAAUUUUCUGUGCUAUAAUGUGUAUGAUCUUGAGCUUAGUAAAGUCUCACACAAUUCUGAGUUAAGGGCUUUGCUCAUACAAACUACAAGCCGUUCAAUCAUAGUGAUUGAAGAUAUAGAUUGUUCAAUCGAUUUAACAGGGGACAGGAUAACAAAGAACAGGAGAUUACAAUCAAUGGCUAAGAAUAGCCAGCAUGGAGGUGACAAUGGAGAGGAUAACGGGCGGGUGACUUUAUCAGGGCUGCUGAAUUUCACUGAUGGGCUAUGGUCAUGCUGUGGAGAAGAGAGAGUGAUUGUUUUCACUACAAACCACAGGGACACAAUCGACCCGGCACUGAUUAGAUGUGGGCGUAUGGACGUGCAUGUUGGCCUGGACACGUGCGGCAUGCAUGCCUUCAAGACCUUGUUAAACUGA